AACGUGGCCCUUGAUUCCAAAAUGGAGGUCGAACUUAGGGAAGCGUCUGGCUCGAAAGACAGGAAAAUCAAUAGUGCAGAAGGAAAAACACAGACGAUAGGCUGGCAGUCCUUGCUAACUUUCACCAUCCUUUCUUUGGCAUGGCUGGUGGGUUUCGCAAGCCGGCUUUUUGCUGUGAUACGGUUCGAGAGCAUUAUUCACGAGUUCGACCCUUGGUUCAACUAUCGCUCCACCCACCAUCUUGUCUCCCAUGGCUUUUACAAUUUUUUGAACUGGUUUGAUGAGAGAGCAUGGUAUCCGCUGGGCAGGAUUGUUGGGGGAACUGUUUAUCCAGGCUUGAUGUUGACUUCAGCAUCAGUUCACUGGAUUCUAAACACGCUCAAUAUCACGGUGCACAUCAGAGAUGUGUGCGUUUUUCUAGCACCCAUGUUUAGUGGUCUCACAGCUAUAGCAACAUACUUGCUGACCAAGGAGCUGUGGAAUGACCGUGCUGGCCUCUUUGCUGCUUGUUUCAUAGCAAUUGUUCCUGGGUACAUAUCUCGGUCAGUGGCAGGAUCAUAUGACAAUGAAGGAAUAGCCAUCUUUGCAUUGCAGUUUACUUAUUUCCUAUGGGUAAAAUCUGUUAAGACUGGUUCAGUGUUCUGGGCAGCAUGUACCAGCUUAUCAUACUUCUAUAUGGUCUCAGCAUGGGGUGGAUAUGUGUUCAUAAUCAAUCUGAUUCCUCUUCACGUCUUCUUUCUGCUUCUCAUGGGGAGGUUCUCAUUCAGGAUAUACGUUGCAUACACAACUUUUUUCAUCAUGGGUCUCCUUAUGUCUAUGCAAGUACCUUUUGUUGGUUUCCAGCCAAUCAGGACAAGUGAACACAUGGCUGCGGCAGGCACAUUUGCCCUGCUCCAGGCCUAUGCAUUUUUGGUGUACCUGAGAACAAAAAUAUCAUGGACUGAUUUCAAGAACAUUUUUGUUUUUGCUGUAGUAACUGUGGCUGGUUUAGUGUUUGUCGCUGUCAUUUUCCUUACUUACGCUGGUUAUGUUGCACCGUGGAGUGGAAGAUUUUAUUCCUUAUAUGAUACCGGAUAUGCCAAGAUUCACAUUCCGAUUAUUGCGUCUGUUUCUGAACAUCAGCCGACUACGUGGGUGUCAUUCUUUUUUGACCUUCACAUUUUAAUUUGCACCUUUCCUGCUGGCCUGUGGUUUGUGGUCAAGAAAAUCAACGAUGAAAGAGUGUUUGUUGUUCUCUACGCUACCACAGCUGUGUAUUUUGCUGGUGUGAUGGUUCGUCUCAUGUUGACCUUGACUCCAGUUGUGUGCAUCCUGGCAGCCAUUGCUUUCUCUGUGACUUUAGAUAACUACCUUGUCGAUGAUCGGCCAUCUGAGAACAAGGAGUCUGAAGCUGCUUCUGCUGAUGUAGACAGCAGUAGUGAAGAAAAUGACAAGAAGAAGAAGAAAGAUCUGUAUGAUAAGCCUGGUAAGAAGAAGUCUCAGUCUCAGAAUAACAAGAAGCAGGAACAAGAGAUAGAAAAAGAGGAAGAUGGUGGAGUGAUCGGAGCUAAUCUCAAGGGAAUGGUUGUCAUGUGCAUAGUGAUGAUGCUGAUGAUGUUUGCGGUACAUUGCACCUGGGUGACGAGUAAUGCCUACUCCAGUCCCUCGGUCGUGCUGGCGUCUACUAACUAUGAUGGGAGUCGAAACAUUUUAGAUGAUUUCAGAGAAGCAUACUUCUGGCUUAGACAGAAUACAGACGACAAUGCUCGGGUAAUGUCUUGGUGGGAUUAUGGGUAUCAGAUUGCUGGUAUGGCCAAUAGAACGACACUUGUGGACAAUAACACGUGGAAUAACAGUCAUAUAGCCCUGGUUGGAAAAGCCAUGUCGUCCAACGAGACAGCGGCGUACAAGAUUAUGAAGAUGCUGGAUGUGGAUUAUGUGCUGGUUAUAUUCGGCGGUGUGAUUGGUUACUCUGGUGAUGAUAUCAACAAGUUUCUGUGGAUGGUUAGGAUUGCCGAGGGCGAACACCCUCAAGAAAUCAAGGAGUCAGACUACUUCACUCCGCAAGGCGAGUUUCGUGUGGACUCUGCUGGUUCACCCAUCUUGUUGAACUGCCUCAUGUACAAGAUGUGUUAUUAUCGCUUUGGAGAGAUGCAGCUGGACUUUCGGUCUCCGUCUGGUUUCGACCGGACGCGUAACGUCGAAAUUGGAAAUAAAAACUUCCAGUUAGAGCAUUUAGAAGAAGCUUUCACUUCUGAGCAUUGGCUAGUUAGAAUUUACAGGGUUAAAGAUUACGCUAAUCGAGUGAAGAGCGGUGUACCUAUGAGGAUAACAAAUUUAAAACCAAGAAACAAGUAUAUUCCUCGGCGGAAUAAUAGGAAAGGAUACAUUAAACACAAACUCAACGUUAUUCAAGGCAAGAGAGUUCAACAAAAAGGCAAAAAGAAAAGCAAAGGCAAGAAAGCCAAGAGAAGCACAUGAUCAACUGACCCCGUCAUGUAAAACAAAACGGACGUUCUCCGUACUCAGAAAAUCGCGUGCGAAAAUUCGUAGACUAACUCCGGUAUUAGGUUGAAAUUGUUUUAGUAUGUUAUUUUAGGUGUUUCACUAGUUUGUUUGUACGGUCGAACCUCUCCUCACGGAAACCUCCAUAUUAAAUACGGACAUCUCUAUAUUGCGGACAGUUCACUUGGUCCAAGAGAAAGUAGCAUUCACACGAAAACGUCCAUUAUACCUAUACUCAGCCCAGUCCCUUUGUUGUCCGUGUUAAAGAGGUUCCACCGUGCUUCCUCAUGCAUGACACUGUCACGCUAUUUGAAAUGAUUGCGUUACAAGGAUGAUUGCGUUAUCGAUUGUCUAAAGACUUCGUUUUAUGCUGUAUAAACUGUAAAAGUGGACGAAUUUGACUUAAAUUUCGCUUAAAAAAUUAGAAGCAAGACCUCAAUUGGCAAUGCCUGACAUGACACGGUAUUCUCCAAAUUCAGCGCUAAACUAAUCUGCAUGAGUUUAACAGACUCUUGCAGUUUGAAACACAGUUUUUGGGAUUUAUUCAACGUGUUUUAUUGCCGCCGUCAUUAAGGUUGUUACGCAACGCUCUAGGAGCAUUGGGCGUGAACAAAAAUACUCGGAACUGGCCAAGAAUGUUAAAAUGCAGAACAAUGUCUUUUAUGUAAAAAGUCCUUCAGAGGUGGUGUGAAAUUUCAAUUUAUUUUAUUGCAUUUGGUUGAAAAAAGAAAUGGAACUUGUUUCAGCUGGCCCAACUUUGCUGGCAAGGCUUACUUUAAAAUUACACAAGGGCCUUCCCUAGAGUCAUGAGUUGUAAGGAUUACACUGCUCGUUUGAAAAGUUUAUCAAGUCCCAGACUUCAUUUUCUGGUUAUUUUUAGUCAAUUAUUUUCAUUUUUUUCUUUUUCAAUUUUGAGGUAAAACAUUUUGAUUUUUGUCAUCAGACGGCGCAAUGCACCCAUCAAAGGAACAUAAAAAUCCGUUUAACCCUAAAUGUUCAACAGCUAACUUCUUCUUUGUAGGGUGGGGUGAAGUUCUCAUGGCUGUGCAACCUCGUCUCCAGGGUCUCUCGUCUUCCAGUCCUAGCGGUAGGGCGGGAAGAUGAGACCCUGGGAACGAGGGUGGUUGUUUAUGCAGUUGCCCUCGCUUCCAACGCGUACGUUUUUCGGGAAAAAUGUUAUUUAAAGUUUUACCAGUAGGUGACAUUAAAUGUAACUUGGAGUCAGUAAUUAUUGGAGACAAAAUGCUAUUUCUCAUUUGAAAAGAAAAACGCCUUGUGAUGAUCCUUGAAUUCUUGCGUUGGUUUCAUUACAACCUUCAGAACAAAUACAUAGCUAUAGAAUUGUUGUUUGCAGGUUUGUUUUUUCACGUACAGAGCUGUUGCGUGACGGAACAAUUAACUGCUGCAAAGGAAGCUAGUAGACGGUAUAAGAAUUUGUUUUGACGUCAAAGAUUAAUUUAAAUCCGCCCUGUUUAUAUCCUAAUGUUUUUUCGCUUGUACGUUAAAAACGAGCUAACCAUAAUUUUUCUAUUCUUUGAUCGAAGAAAGGUAUCGAGUGUACAUUUUGCGUCCUAGAAACAACUGUAAAAUUAGUGUUAAGCUUUCGUGCUUUUAAGGAAAUUGAAAUUAAAUUGAAUUUCUAUGAUA